UGGCCAAUUCAGCGCAAGUCAUCCGGUACGGUAACUACUAAUAAUUAUGGAAGUUGAAGUAAAAGCUACUUUUCCAAGUUUGUAAGGAAAAUGACCAACAUAAGCAAUUCAGACGACGUGAUCCAAUUAAAAACCCAAUUAUCAACGGCUAGAAGCGAAAUAAAUAAUCUCAGACAACAAUUGAAAACAUUGAACCACACAUACCGCAAAGACUGCGAUGAAAUCAGGAGGCAGCUGGAGAACUGGCGCUGUGAUAAGUGCAAACAUCGGCAACUUGAAGCAGCUGCCACACCAGCCCCCGUUGUAAACUACGACUUAGGGCUACAAUACAUUGGAACGAUACACACUCACUUUCCUGAAAAACGGGGAACCCCUCGACAGCCAGGAAUCUGUUCAGACACAACGGCUAAACUAACUCUUAAUGAUGUCUUUACAAAUCCCUCUCACGCUCUAGAUGGAUUGCAAGAAUAUUCGCACAUGUGGAUAUUGUUUCACUUCCACAAGAACGACGCCACUCACACACGAGCAAAGGUGUCACCACCGAGAUUAAACGGCAUAAGGACAGGGGUAUUCGCCACAAGAUCCCCACAUAGACCAUGUCCGAUCGGUUUAUCGUUAGUAAAAAUAGACCACAUUACAGACAACAAUAUUUAUUUCAGUGGUGUCGAUAUGAUCGAUCAAACGCCUGUUUUAGAUAUAAAGCCCUACAUACCUCAAUAUGACAAUCCCUCGGAUCCUUUCCAGUCUGAAAUAGAUAUCUCUACACUCAGCUUGACGGAGUCCCAGCACGAAACUGAUAGUGUAAGACUGAUGGACGGCCAGGAGAACGGGGAGCGAGAUCAACCACUCAUUGGGGGCACUUCUUCAAAUCCUAUUGUAAAUCGCAACUUGGAAGAUUCCUACCACGAGUCAAGGUCUGCAUCCAGAAUAGGAGAACGAGAGGCCCCUGAUGGCGAAGAGGAGGAGACACCUCAUCAGUAUGCAUCUGCAAGCGUAAGCUCUCCUCAACAAGUGCGCGUACCAACUUGGAUAGAUCAACCUCCCAUUUCAACAUUAACAGUCUACUUCAAACGGAGGGCUUUGGUUCAGUUGCAACAAUUAGGCAAUGAGGGAGAACAAAAGAAGAAUAUUAUAAAAAAUAUAUUACAAGAGGACCCUCGUUCUGUAUACUUAAGGGAAAGAGUUGGAAAUAGUGACUAUGUUUUUCGAAUAGCUGAAUUGUACGUCUCGUGCAAGUUUGAUGACACGUCCCAUGUCGUUACUGUGUUUCAAGUGUUUCAAGAUUUAGGUGCUCAAGCUGAAAAUUAACGUACUUUUAAAUUACGUGCUUUAAUAGUAUUAUCUCUCUUAAAGGCAGUUACCUAUGCUGAUAAACUUAAUUCGAGUUGUGUAUUUUUGUAGAAUGAUUUUGAAUAUUUUACUAUCUAUUAAUAGGUGCUUUGUGAAGAACUGUACCAUGUUUUAGCUUCAAUAAAGUUAAAAAUUGUA